AUGGACACUCAAUUCAAAUCCAGGGCUCAAAAGUUCCUCUUCAGCAUUGGUGGGCGACUGAGUCAGAGGCCCUCAGCCGAGGAGCUGGAGCAGAGGAACAUCCUUCAAGCCAAGAAUGAAGCGGACCGGCGGCUGGAGCGCUGCGAGAUCAAACGGCGACUCACCAGGAAGCUGUCCCAGAGGCCCACUGUGGCCGAGCUCCAGGCCCGAAAGAUCCUCCGCUUCCAUGAGUACGUGGAGUGCACACACGCCCAGGACUACGACCGCAGAGCCGACAAGCCCUGGACCAAGCUCACGCCCGCGGAUAAGGCCGCCAUCCGCAAGGAGCUUAACGAAUUCAAGAGUUCCGAGAUGGAGGUGCACGAGGAGAGCCGCAUCUACACACGGUUUCACAGACCGUAG